AUGCUGUUCUCAGAUCUGUUUCCCGGUUUCCACAGCGGUGGACUUCCAGGAGUGCCUGAGGAUGUGCGAGCGGCUGUUUAUGCAGUGCAGAAGUGUGGUGAGCCCCACCUCUCGUCAUUUAACAGUAAAACAGUAAAGCCAAAAUGUUCCGUUCAUCAAAAUUAUAUUUCAGACAUUAUUACCUUCCUCCCCUCUGGUUUUUGUUCACACAAGGUCACCAGUGACAUCAGCGAUAAUAUUCAAACUCCAAAUAAGUUUACAGAGGAGAGUACGGGCACAUCACCUGUCAGUAAGGAUGAAGAGAUACCCAGGUAUAAAGGAUUUCUAAAACACAGUGAGGAGGAAGAGGAGGCAGUUGUCAAGGCCCCAGAGGUCAGCCAUGGUGACAGCAGCUUGACCUUUGGCUCGGUGAAGAGCAGGGGUCACACGCAGGUGUCUUCCGGAGAGAGGAGACGAAGCCACAGCCCUGAGAUCCUGCCCCCUCCCAAGAAGAGCGUGGAUCUGGACGAAGACGAGGAUGAAGGAGACUCCUUUUUCGAUGACCCCCUGCCCAGUCCAAAGAAGACAUAUGGCUGGAGGAAUCUCUCCAAGGCAGAUAAAAGCCGUUCAGAGGCCAGUCUCUCUGAAAAGGCCGGUAAUCACAGAGACCUCUCUGCUGUAAACAGUGACACGGAGGGCAGUGCGGACGACCCCUUCUCUGACAGCGAAAACGGGAGGAGAGCAGAUUUGGGGAGACCCUCAGGAAGCCCUUUCUCCUCUCUGUCCGACGCCCCCCUGCUGAAGAGCGGCCUGGGGUCCCUCUCUGGAGACCGACAGCUAAAGGAGCCUAACGAUAGGAGAACAGGUAACCACAGAGGUUUCGGGAGCUCGAGGCUGACGGGUGGCACCGAGGGAACGCCUCUAUCUGAUGAAGACAACGAUUAUGAUGAUGAUUUUCACAGCACCAGCCACCGAUCAGAUAGCUCGCUCCGGGAGUUGAGCAUCGGAGAGGAGGUCUCCAUCGAGGGCCCAGAUGGCAGUGAUAAGCUUGAUGACCUCACUCUGGACAUCAGCCUGUCCCAGCUCAGCCAGGGGGGAGACUACAUGGAAGAGGUGGCAUGAAGGAGCACGAGGCUCAGGCCGUCCUGCAGGAACGAACAGGGAGUCUGUGUGGAGUUUAUUUAAACGAAAGUGUGUAUGUGUGUACCUGCAAGCAAGGUGGACCCAUCAGAGAAGCACUGAAUGUAAAGCUGCACCUGCAGAACGCUGUCUGUGUUUCACACACAGCACAACUGUACGACAGGCUGGAGGAUUGUUAUUCACAGCAAAGACAGCUGGGUGCUGUUUCUAGUGAGCUGCAAAUGUUUAUCAUUCACAACUGCUGUUUAUGAAAUAUCUUUACAGGCACAACGUUUCUCCAGAGUCUGUACAAGUUUCAGCUAUUGUGAUGUGACGUUAUUCCUUUAAUUAUUUUAA